AUGUCAACCAGAGAAUCUGUCGCCAGCCGACAGUCAGUGCUGCCUACCAUUCAGACGACACAUCAUGGCGACUCCAAGAGCCCGAGCAAGUCGGAAAUGCGCAGCGUGUCGACGCCGUCGCUGGGAGGAAAACGACGCAGUUUCUUAGCAAAGACCUUCAGGAAGGUCAGCAGCAGCGCAUCUUCGACGGACCUUGCCUCAAUGGCCGAAUCCACCAGCACCGGCUCUAAUGCGCAAACCCGCCGAGUGCUUCACAAGAACAACGGAUCCGGCGGCUCAAACUCCUCGUCCAUCUUCUAUCGCCUGAACCGCAGAGCGUCCAAGGACUCGUCUGCAAGCUCGCACAUGUCGGAGGAGACGCCGACGUUUCUCAGCCCGAACCCGCCGUCUAAUCCCGUCAUUAGAAUCCUCAAACAUGGAGCGCUGAAGACCGACGCCAGGUUAUGGAAGUCCCGCGCCGAGUACAUUGUCUUGACCGAAACUCACCUUGUCAAGUUUAAUAGCGCCGAAGCGGCGAGAGCUAACUUUAACGAGCUGGCACCGUCCUCGGGGCGUCUCAAGCGAUCGUCGACGUCGUCGACAUUGAGUACAGAUGGUUCAUCGGGUGACGGCCGCGUUGAGAUUCCGCUGUGCAAAAUUGUCAACAUCUUCAACGAGGAGGGCGUGAGUCCUCACUUUGGGCUGGACGUGUGGUGGUCAGAAACUUCGCCCAUGGUAUCGUGGGCAUGCACGAAGUUGUUUUUUGGCCUGCCUGCAGAGCGCGAAGACUGGAUGAACGAGAUACGCCGCGCCAUCCGUGAAUCCGUGGGUUCGACCGUUGUGCCCAAAGGGAUUGUUGCUCCCAAUGUCCAGUCCGCCAUCCACCAGAUCGUUGCCAAAGAAGAGCCGUCCUGCCGCGGGCUGCCUCUGGAUAUCUUCCCAGUGGUUCAGCGUACGACCCUCCUCAGUUCCAAAGCCGACAACCCUGAGACUUCCAAGAAGUUCCGUGACGGAUCAUCCCAUUACCUGCUCCUUGGCCAGAACAAGUGCUAUUUCGUCCGAGUAGCGAGGACUUCAGUUUACAAGGCACCUCAAGAUAUUGAGAUCAACACCGUAGUCUUUGGUCUUACGUCCCUGGUCCGUUUAAAAGCCACCAUGAGCCAUCAUGAAGAGCGAUUUGUUCUUGGAUUCCGCCUACCCUGUGAGGCCGAGAAGCGGCUCGAGUUGGCCAGUCGCUGGUACAGAGAAAUCGUCAUGACAUUUAUGAAGGCAGACCGCGCAGUAAAGCCAGCUUGGCCUCAGCAUAUGCAACGGGACAUUUUCGACAUUCGGGGCCUCACGGCCCAGCUUCUGCUGCCCUCGGGACAGGAUUUCGGUGGCCUUAAGAGAACCCUCGAGGCUUAUUGUGCCACGUUCCGCUGCCCACCUCCGGAAUGGACUGUGAACUGGAAGUGCGAACGCCGAGAGCACUGCCCCGAGUUCCGCCUUCUCCCCUCCAAGGACGGCGGAUACACCCCGCUCCAACUGCUGGCCGUGUUCAAGUCCCUCCGGUACAACGAUUAUUUCAAGGCACUUUCCUUCCGUGACGUCGACUUGGCACCCCUCUGCGGCCUGACAGAUCACCCAGGAUUCGAAGAGUCAAUAGCAGACGUUUCUCGUGAUGGUCUCGUGAUCGAUGGCGUACACAAGGACAUCAUCAAGUCUGCCCCUCUUCUGUCCCAGGAAAUCCACGCGGUUGCCUUCACGUCUGGAUCAAUACGCAAGAUUGAUCUCACAAACGUCCUGGCAUCACAGAACAUAGUUGGUGUGUCGCGCACUCGAGCCGGAUCCAAGAAGGAGCCUGAGGUCGUCCGUCCGAUUCUGUUGCUCCUCAGAACUGGCAGCAGCCACUGUGACACUCUUCUGGUGGGAGGGAACCCUCUCACCGCCGCUGAGGUUACUGAUCUUGUCGACGUCUUGCACAUUCCCGACAUUCUGAGAGAGCUAGACAUUUCCAGAUGCAACCUGGACGAGAGAAGCCUGGAAGAAAUCUGGGACGCACUACCUUCUCAAGGAUAUAGGCUGGAAGCGCUGAAUACCUCUCGAAACAUUGGCCAUGUCGACCACAUGGUUGUCAAGAGCAGCUUAUCGCACUUCGCCUGUCUCCGCAAGCUCAGCGUUGCCGGCAACUGCCUAAGCCAGUUCACAGAUCCCAUAUUCUUCGAGGAAACGAUCAUGAGCUGGGGUCUGGAGGAGCUGGAUCUCUCAAACAUGCACCUCAAUAACGCCACCCUGGACAUCCUCGCCGGCUACCUGCUCUCGCAGGAAUCUGCUUACCUACGUAGGCUCGAUCUAAACGGCUGCGGCCUGUCCGGUUCCCAAAUCGCCCUUCUCUUCCGCAGCAUGGGCCAGGGCAGAGAGAUUGUAUGCUCCAUCAACGGCAACUACAUUGAAAACGGCAUGGAGGACUUGUCAUCGGCGAUCGCAUACAACUUUGGACCUACGUCGUUAUUCAUGGAUAUGAUUGAGUUCCGGGACGAGGAAAACUACAUCACGAUCAUCAAGUCGCUCUCGACCAACAUGUCAAUCCGACUGCUGAGUUUGGUCGGCACGUCGACCCCUGGACAAGUCAGCGAGGAGACUUGUCAGGCAGUCUCGGACUUCUUCGCCACCAACGCAUCAAUCCAGUACCUCGACUUGUCCGGAUUUUCAGCCAAGUUAGAUGAGGGUCAACUUGGACUCGGCUUCUCUCGCGCCCUCUCGGGUCUCGCCAGCAACAAGACGCUGCUCCACCUCCGAAUCCGCAACCAAAAGCUCAACAUGAACAUUGGAGAUUUGGCAGAGGCAAUUCACAUGAACCAGACCCUGCGCACGCUCGACGUGCAAGAGAACAGCUUCAACUUGUCAAACCUAUCUCAUAUGGUGAGAAGUCUCGAACAAAACACGUCCAUCCAGGAGUUCUGCCCGUUUUCCAAGACCGAGCUGAACCGCGCCAUCAAGUCGAGCGUUCAAAACGUCGGCAUGCCGACUGGGCCCCAAGCGGUCAAGAAUCGCCGCGCUUCCAAGGUGCUCUCAAAGGCCACUUUUGAGAGCUUCGCCAUGGAGAUGGACCGCAACAACGCCCUGAUGCAGAACCUCAAGGAGGAGUGGACUACCAAGUCGGCGCAGAUUGACAGGAUCCUCGAGAGGAAUCGCACCUUGGCAUACGAGGUAGAGAUGGCUCGUCUGCAAUGGGAGAUGCCAGAGGACCCCGAGCUGGAGUGGAUCGCCUACGAUCUCAGCAUCAUCUUUGGCGGACUCGCCGCCAAGGUCAUGAAGAAGCGCCCCGCGCCCAACCCCAUGGACACCCCGGGCUUCCGCGGAAGCAUGCUGGCGGCGGGAUACCGUGGCAGCAUGAUGUUCGGCACCAGCACUCCGCCGAUGGAGCAGUGGGAAGACUACAGCCUGAAGGCCGCGCCGCACCACGUAUCCUCCGAGGAGGUUAUGGACAGCCCCGCGACGGAACACGCCAGCGGCUCCUCCGCCCUGCCGACACCUCCCGAAUGGGCUCCCAGCGAGAGUCCUGCCAAGGAGUACGCCAUGUCUUCCAGCCUGCCGAGCACGCACAGCGACCCCCGCAUCAUGGAGGAAGGCAUCGGCGACUUUGACCUCGACACACUCAAGUACAUGAUUCAACACGGAUUCAACCUCGACGAACCGACGCAAGCGCAGCCCCAAGACGUCGGCAGGAGGCCGGGGACUUCCGUGUCUACCACGAGACUUGACUGA